CUUUUAAAAAUAUUUAAUUUUUUGCUAUUCCCGAAUUUUAAACAUUCAAAAUGUAUCGCUUAAAUAAUACAUAGUCGUGCAAAUCUUAUCCUGAAAACUUAAUUUUAAAUUUGGAUAUUGAAAAUUAAUUUUAAAGAACAAUUUGUACUACAACGAAAUAAAGAUGCAAGCCAAUCUGCAGCCAACGAAAUACACCGGCCUUGUGGCCGAUCUGAUGCCCAACAUCAAGCUGAUGAAAUAUUCAGGCUUGUUUAUGCAUGCAUUCACCGGAGGCUCGGCACUGCUGAAAAAUGUCUACUCGUCCAUACACCUGGUGCUGAUAGUGCUGCAGUUCAUCUUCAUCCUUGUCAACAUGGCCCUGAACGCUGACGAGGUUAAUGAAUUGUCCGGCAAUACAAUUACGGCGCUAUUCUUUACGCAUUGCAUUACGAAAUUCGUUUAUAUUGCCGUGAAUCAGAAGAACUUUUAUAGAACACUUAACAUUUGGAAUCAGCCAAACUCCCACCCCCUCUUUGCGGAAUCGGAUGCUCGCUAUCAUUCAAUUGCUUUGGCUAAAAUGCGAAAGUUGUUCUUCUUGGUAAUGCUGACGACCGUUGCCUCAGCCGUUGCCUGGAUUACCAUCACCUUCUUUGGCGAAAGUGUCAAGUUCGCCACCGAUAAGGAAACAAAUUCCACCAUCACGGUGCCCAUUCCACGGCUGCCCAUUAAAUCGUUCUAUCCCUGGGAUGCAAGCAGUGGCAUGUUCUAUAUGAUAUCGUUCGGCUAUCAGGCCUAUUACCUGCUCUUCUCGAUGGUCCAUUCAAAUCUGUGCGAUGUCCUCUUCUGUUCGUGGCUCAUCUUCGCCUGCGAACAGCUGCAACAUCUUAAGGGAAUCAUGAAACCGUUGAUGGAGUUGUCAGCCUCAUUGGAUACGUAUCGACCUAAUUCGGCAGCAUUGUUUCGUUCGUUGUCGGCUAAUUCGAAAUCUGAGUUAAUUCAAAAUGAAGAAAAGGAACCUGUCAAUGACUUGGAUAUGUCGGGCAUUUACAGCACAAAGGCCGACUGGGGUGCCCAAUUUCGUGCUCCAUCUACUCUCCAGACUUUCAAUGGCAUAAAUGGUGGCAAUCCGAAUGGUCUGACCAAGAAACAGGAAAUGAUGGUACGCAGUGCCAUAAAAUAUUGGGUCGAACGUCACAAACAUGUUGUCAGAUUGGUAGCUGCCAUUGGUGAUACAUACGGUGCCGCCCUGUUGCUUCACAUGUUGACAUCGACCAUUAAAUUAACGCUGUUGGCGUACCAGGCAACCAAAAUCACGGGUGUAAAUGUUUACGCUUUCACUGUGAUCGGUUACUUGGGCUAUGCACUGGCCCAAGUAUUCCACUUCUGUAUUUUUGGCAAUCGUUUAAUUGAGGAGAGUUCAUCGGUUAUGGAAGCUGCAUAUUCUUGCCACUGGUACGACGGUUCUGAGGAAGCUAAAACUUUUGUCCAAAUCGUUUGUCAGCAAUGUCAGAAGGCCAUGUCUAUAUCGGGUGCAAAAUUCUUUACCGUAUCAUUGGAUUUGUUUGCUUCGGUCCUGGGUGCCGUUGUCACAUAUUUCAUGGUGUUGGUGCAACUCAAAUAAGACCAUCAAACCAUCAUUAUCGUCAUCGUCAGCAAACGCCAUCAUCCUCAACGGCAGCAUCUGUUGCAGCUGAAAUCAACCUCAACACUCACACAUGGAGCCAUGGACGUGCAAAAAACGACUAUCCUUUCCCUGCAAAAUGUGUUGCCAUUUUCAAAGUUUCUCUGCACUCAAUGACAUUUCAAACACCACAUAACAUUUCAUAUUCAUUCGAAAUUUAUCAAAAGCAGUUUCGGAAUCUAUCUUGAAUUCUUGGUGACGUAGAGUAUGGUUUUUGUAAAAACAUUCGGCUAUGCGUUUGUAACUUUGCCAUGAUAACCACUGCACCACCGAUUCAAUCAGAAUGGCCAACUAAUGCAAAACUCUCUGGAGAAUCCAUGUGAAAUGCGUUCUCUUGACAAGUCUGACUGGUCAUCCAGAAUUUCGAUGGAAGUUCUCAGCAUCCUUUUUUUGGGGGGAGUGAAACCCCCUCCCAGUAUCCAUGGCGAUAGACAAAACUAACAAUCGUCUGUUCUAAAGUGAGUGUCAGUCAGUGACUUUAAAAGUUGUUUUUUGUUUUUGUUUUUCUGUUCGGUUUGACUAAGUUUUAGUUCAGCUGUCAUCGGCACCGUCAUCACCGUCGCCAUCAUCCAUCCAUUCGCCGAUCCGUCCAUUUCAUGGUCUUGUUAGAGAAAUUUAUUAGUUUUUAAGUGAACUUAGAUGAUUUCGCAACGAAAUUAAAACCGAAAACAAAAACGGCAAAAGGAUGUCAGUCGGUAUCUGUGUGUGUGUGGGUGUGUGCCUUCUCACAACUACAUCUACCAAGUGCAACAACAACA